UGCGUGUGUGUGCGUGCGUGCGCGUGCGACUUCCUGCCCCGGAUGGACGAGCCCCGCGGAGAGGAACGCAGACGCAGCAGAGCGCACGUCGAGCGGCUGCAGCCGUCACAUCGGGGUCACAGACGGAGCUCCACGCACGCCAGACUCGUCCCAUGCUGCCGCGGGACCGUCCUCCAUGUUCGCAGCGACUCCCUCCGGUCCCACCGGCCCCUCGGCUCUGGUCCAGUUCCAGCUGGGCCUCUUCAGGGAGGUGGUCCGGGUCCCCGCCGGCAACCGGACCUACCGCCAUGCCAAGAGGCUGGCCGCCGAGAUCAUAGAGCGCAAGGCUCCAGACUGCAGCGUGGUCGGCGUCGGGGAGAAAACCCUCCUGUUCAGACACCAACCCUCCUCGGAGCAGCGGCUGCUUCGCCUGACGGAGGAGGACGAGCUGCAGGAUGGAGACUUCAUCGAGGUCAUCAUCGCAGGAUCGGCGUCGGUGACCGAGAUGAGGAUCCGCCCGCACGCCCUGGUGGUCCACUCGUACCGGACCCCCACCUUCUGCCACCACUGUGGAGAGAUGCUGUGGGGCCUCGUCCGGCAGGGGUUAAAGUGCGACGGCUGCGGGUUGGACUCCCACAAACGCUGCGCUUUCAUGUUGAGCAACGACUGCAGCCGCGCGCGGCGUCAGGUCAGCACCAGCCUCUCCCUGUUCCCGCCCCCCCGCCCGCGGACGCACUCCCUGUCCAAUCAGGCGGGCGGCACCCUGGAAGAGAUCAGCAUGUCCAAGGCCUCCAGGCCCGUGUCCUGGGUCGAGCCCCCCGUCUGGCUGGGGAUCGGCUACGGGGACAUGGCCGGGGCUCAGGUCCCUCACCCCUUCCACAUCCACAGCUACACCAAACCCACCGUGUGCCAGCACUGCCCCCGGCUGCUCAAAGGCCUCUUCAGACAGGGGCUGCAGUGCUCAGGUAGAGAGGGGGGGGGGGGGGGGAUGGGAUUAUUAGCUGUCAGACGUCAGCAUGUUGAGCCCGUGGCUUUCCCAGAAUGCACAGCGGCGGGCCCCGGCCGCCCGGCGGACCCGGAGGACAACGACUCGGAGCUCACCAGCACGACGACACUAGAAGUCUCCGACGACGAGAUGUCCACGGACGGAGACCGGGCGCCCGAGACGAAGGACGAGGAGGAGGAGGAGCAGCGGGAGCCGAUGAGUCCGUGCUUCAGCAGCAACAUCCCCCUGAUGAGGCUCGUCCAGUCGGUGCAUCACUCCAAGAAGAGAGCGGGAGGAGUCCUGAGGGAAGGAUGGCUGCUGCAUCACACCGACACGGACACGCUGAGGAAACGUCAUUACUGGAUCCUGGACUGGAAGAGCGUCACCUUGUACCAGAACGAGAGCAGCACCAAGUACUACAAGGAGAUCUCGCUGUCCGAGGUGCUGGAGGUCCGAGGCCCCGCCCAGCUCGCCGUGCCCUCGUUGCCGGGCAACAGGGCGCACACCCUGGAGGUGGUCACGGCCUCGCUGGUGUACUGCGUGCUGGCCGGAAGCGGCAGCGCGGCCUGGGAGCGCGCCGUGCGCCAGGCCCUGAUGCCCAUGGCGAGCGGCGGCGGGGGAGGCGACGAGAGCGCGGAUAAAGAUUUAUGCAGCGGCGGCGUGGACAUCAGCUCGGUGUAUCAGAUCUCCACAGACGAGGUUCUGGGCUCCGGACAGUUCGGAGUCGUGUACAAAGGCACGCACAGGAAGUCGGGUCGGCCGGUCGCCAUCAAAGUCAUCGACAAGACGCGUUUCCCCACCAAACAAGAGCGACAGCUGAGGAACGAGGUGGCCUUCUUGCAGAACCUGUCCCACCUCGGCGUGGUGCUGCUGGAGGGGAUGUUCGAGUCGGUGGAGUACGUCUUCGUGGUCAUGGAGAAGCUCCACGGAGACAUGCUGGAGAUGAUUCUGUCCAGCGAGCACGGCCGACUCCCUGAACGCACCACGCGCUUCCUGGUGGCGCAGAUCCUGGAGGCUCUGCGCUACCUGCACCUCAAACACGUCGCCCACUGCGACCUGAAACCCGAGAACGUGCUGUUGGCCUCCGCCGACCCUCUUCCUCAGGUGAAGCUGUGCGACUUCGGCUUCGCCCGCAUCAUCGGCGAGAAGUCCUUCCGCCGCUCGGUGGUGGGCACGCCGGCCUACCUGGCGCCCGAGGUGAUCAGCAACAACGGCUACAACCGCUCGCUGGACAUGUGGUCGGUGGGCGUCGUCAUGUACGUGAGCCUGAGCGGCACGUUCCCCUUCAACGAGGACGAGGACAUCCGGCAGCAGAUCACCAACGCCGCCUUCAUGUACCCGCGGCAGCCGUGGGCCUCCAUCUCUCUGGAGGCCGUGAGUCUCAUCAACACCUUGCUGCAGGUGUCGGUCCGACAGUUCAGCGUGGGGAAGACACUGGGACACUCGUGGCUGCAGGACUUCCAGCUGUGGUGUGACCUCAGGGAGUUCGAGCAGCGGAAGGGCCGCAGGUUCCUGACGCACCGCGGCGACGAGGAGCGCUGGCUUCGCCACGCCCAGCAGAGAGGCCUGCACUUCCCCUCCCACCUCUGCUGGGACCCCGACAACCCCGACGACCCAGACGAGUGACCUCGGCACGUGGGGGAGGAGGGGGGGGAGGGGGGGGUCAGAGGUCAGGCAGCUACUCACAUGGUCUUUCUGUGGUCGUUGAAACGACGUGAAACACGAGGUGCUUUUUGGAAAAGAAAACACGACUCCUGUUUAGUAACAUACUUUUUCUUUUUUAUUCCAAGUUGAGGUUUUUUUUUUUUUUUAAAUAGGAACUGUGUGAAAGUGAAAUUCUUUUAUUUGUGGCGUCUGUGAUGACGGACAGAAUGAGUGAAAAUGGAGCACAUGAAAUUAAAAUGUUGACUCGUGGUCGACCUCACUGUGGGACCAAACCCCCCCCGUCUGCGGUCAAACGUACACUGUUGACUCUU